AAUUUAGUUCAAAUUUGAUUCUUGUACGUCUUCAAUGGUCAAACCCAAGUAGUGUUCACUCUUACAAGUUACAAGUACAACCAACCGUCCAUAUGUAUAUGACGAAACCAAAAGCGUAAUCAGAAACUGUAAGCGGAACUGAGCUUAAGCAACGGUAACAGUACACAAUCAUAUAUAGCAUCACAGCACCAACUGGAUUCGUUUAAAUUUCACUUCUCAAUCACCCUUUCAUCUUCUUCCAGGUAUCUACUUCUUCUUCAAAUCGCUAUCUAGGGUUUUCUUUUGCCAAUUUUCCCAAUUCUUCUUUAAUGGACGCUUCAUUUUCCAUAAUACCUCAAUGGCUAUCAUAACAACUCUCACCGGAAAACGCCCUCACCGCUGGCUCUACGGUAAUCACAACCAUCAAUCCCCCAAUUCUUCACGAUUCAAAAGACAGAAACUUUCAACCAUGUCCAACAACACACCAUCACCAUUUUCCUCCACCAAUGCCACUCUUUCCAGAAUUUCCCGUUACCCUGAAACUAAACCACCUUUGCGUAGAGAGGUUCACGCUCCAUGUAGCAGACCGCGCAAAUUUGAUUUGUCGAUUAAUUCGAAAUCAGAAUCGUCGAAUUUGAUGGUUAGUGGCAUUAGCAGUGCGUUAAUAGAAAAAUACCAGCAGACGAAAUAUUCUGCAUUAGCUACAAUUGAGUUACGGGCAAAGGGAAAAGAAAAAGAUAAUUAUAAGGAAGUUGUUUCGGAAGAUUCAAGUGUUGAACAUGAAUUGCGCUAUGCGGCGAAAGACUGCAAGCUGAAGGAGAGUGAUUUGGUUCAUUUGGAUAAUGAGGUUGGUGUUCAGAAACAGUCAACUUCAUCUGUGGUUUCUGAGUUGAGUGGUGGUAAAUUGAAUGAGUUUGAUGCUGCAAAGAUGGUGGGUACUUUGUCUUUGAGUCCAGAGAAUGAUCUUUCGGGUGUUCGUGCUUACAAGAAGUUGCUUGAGGCUGUUGAUAAGAGAUCGGAUACGAUUGGUAGAUUGAAAUUCGAAAUUCAGCUUAAUGAGAAGCGCAGAUCCGCAUUUGAUUUGUUGCGCCCAAAGAAGGAAUUAGUAGAGGAAGUGCCGUGGGAACCUUUUGUUCCUCUUACAAAAGAGGAAAAAGUUGAGGUUGCACGAGCCUUUUCUGCCGACCGGAAGAAGGUCUUGGUUGCUCAUGAGAAAUCCAAUAUUGAAAUAUCCGGCGAAAAGUUUCAGUGUCUUAGGCCAAGUGGAUGGUUAAACGAUGAGGUGAUAAAUUUGUACCUCGAGUUGUUGAAAGAGAGGGAGAGAAGAGACCCGCAGAAGUAUUUGAACUGUCAUUUUUUCAAUACCUUUUUCUAUAAGAAGUUAAUAAGUGGCAAGAACGGUUAUGAUUACAAAUCUGUGAGGAGAUGGACUACUCAAAAGAAAUUGGGAUACGGCCUACAUGAAUGUGAUAAAAUAUUUGUACCUAUUCAUCAGCAGAUCCAUUGGUGCUUAGCUGUUAUCAAUAAGAAGGAAAAGAAACUCCAGUACCUUGAUUCACUGAAAGGAAUUGAUACCCAAGUGCUGGGAGUGCUGGCAAGAUAUUUUGUAGAUGAAGUCAAGGACAAGACUGGAGAAGAUAUUGACAUUAGUUGUUGGGAAAAAGAAUUUGUUGAAGAUCUUCCUGAACAAAAGAAUGGGUAUGAUUGUGGGAUGUAUAUGGUCAAAUAUACUGAUUUUUAUAGCAGAAACUUGAGGCUGUGUUUCAACCAGAGUCAUAUGCCUUACUUCCGGCUUAAAACGGCUAAGGAAAUCUUGAGAUUGAAAGCUGACUAAGCAAGGGAAGAACACAUGCGAAUUUGGGGAAAUAUAACAUUAUUGUUAAAUUAACAGGGAAUAUUUUGGUGGAGGAUCCUUCGCUUAUGUCGCUAACUUGACAAUAACCAUUCAAGAAGAGUUCUGGCAUUUGUUGUAUUGAUUGGACUACCUAUACAUAUCCCGAUUCACAGGUAUAACAAGUUGGUAGUGUAGAAUGCAGUAGAUUCAUAGGUUGUACAUGUUACACAGAUGUGAAUGCAGUAGAUUCAUGAGGCAUUCAUUUUGAAGUUGAGCUGUUAAAUUAUGUAUCAAUAAAUGUGCUUGCUUGCUUUUUUUGGUAUCCACCACAUUUCUACUGGAGGUUGUAGUUGUUUCCUGUCUGAGCUCAUGUUAAGCAAAUUGAGAGCAAUGUAACAUUGACAAUUCCUUUAAUACUUUGGUCAAUUAUGCCGUGCUCUGAAUCUAUUUUGCAGCUCCUUAUACUUUA